AUGACUACUUUAGUUACACUUGUCUUGAACAAUGCUGACAAGUUGCCGAUUGUAGGGUCUCCCAUCAAUCAUGCCACAAGUUGGUACCGUAAGAGGAGCCAUAGUCAAGGCUCAGACCUUGAAACACCACCACCACCUUAUGAAAACGAGCCUGCUGUGCAUUCUCGAUUGACUCAAAUAUCUGAUUACGUCUGGAAAAGAGCAAGCUUCUCGAGUAACAGUGGCAGCAGUAGCAACCAGGUGCCUGCAUCCUAUACAGCAGUGCCUUCUAAAGAAGAACCAUUCAACAAGGAAAAAAUAUCAGAAGGCAUUUCAUUGAUACAAAUGGCAACUGAAAUGAACAACGCACCCAACGGAAAGAAUCAACAAGUUUCUAUCGAUUUAUACAUGAUGGGGUUGGACAAGAUUCUCGCAUCCUUGCCUAUUGAUUCUGAUCCAGCAAUGAAAGCAUCCCUAGAAGCAAAACUCACAGAAUUUAAAAGGAGAAGUGGACUUGUAUUACAUGACGAUCAGGCAAAGAAAAACUUGUCAGACGUUGAUCAGAAAGAAGCCCUCGGUGGUCUCUCUCACUUGAUCAUCCACGCCGCAGUUUUGAGUGCGGUCGCAUUGAAAAAGAGCUCGAUUCCAGGCAUGAUGUCAAGAUUGCUUGAAAUAACAAAGAUUGGCUUUUUAAAGAUUGAUGAGAAAUGCUCUAUUCGAGAAAGGACGAGCAAUCUUACAAAUGCUGGAAUUGCAAAGGCGAUCGAAAUGGAUGAGUAUUUCGAAGUGCAUCAAUUUUUUGCAGAGGUAUUCUAUACAGGCUGCACCGCAAUUCUGAAAGCAGGUAUAGCUUAUGCUGAAUAUGAUCAGAUACCAGAAGCAAAGGAGCAACAAGAUAAUACACAGAUUGCUUAA